GUGUUUCAUUUAAUAUAUAAAUCUAUUUAUGCAAUUGAAAUAUGAUUCGUAAUUUAACGUGUUUCUCACUUCUCAAGUGUGUACUUCGGUAUCUAGAUAGAAAUAUUGUCAUCUUAUAGAAACACAGUUUUCAAGAACCGUUUUUAAUAAUUGUUUGCCAGAUUAUACGUUAUAUGACAAAAGUCACUUUGGUGUUGAAUUAAUUACUUCUAGCAUAAAUGAAAGUGGAAGGUAGCUGUAUCAUUAUGUAUUGCUCUUUAACAUAGAAAAUGAAGACAGAGGGGAAGAUAGUCAUUUUGGGUUCACAAGGUGUGGGUAAAACAAGUAUGAUCAUGCGUUAUAUUGGGAGAACAUACAACGGUCGGGUGAAUCCUACAAUUGGAGCAGCGUUUUAUAAUUGCAAGUUAAAUAUACAAGAUACAAAAAUAAUGCUACGGAUUUGGGACACAGCAGGACAAGAAAGGUUCAGAUCAAUGGCACCAAUGUACUAUCGAAAUGCUAAUGCAGCUAUCUUGGUAUUUGAUUUAACUCAGCACAAUACGUUUGCAGCAAUGAAACAAUGGGUGACAGAACUUCGAAGAAACGUUGAAGAAGCUCUGGUAUUAGCAGUGAUCGGAAACAAGUCUGAUUUAAUAGAAAAGCGGCAAGUCAAUGCAGAGGAGGGUAGACUUUACGCUACGAAAAUUGGUGCAAGCUAUCAUGAAACGUCGGUUCUUCAAGACGAAGGCAUUCAGAAUGUAUUCUUAACCGUUGCUAGAGGUCUCCUUGGAUUAUCUUCGACUGACCAUGACACUACACCAAUAAGAGUAUGCGAAUCGACAAACUUAGAUCCUAACGAUAUAGACUUAUUGUGUACACCGAUUAUCGAGGAAAGUGCUCAAAACCUUAGUAUCGCUCACGGAAUGCAAGAGAAACCGUAUGCCUGUUGCUAACUUUCUUCUGAUUCUUUAUUUCAAUGAUUUUAUGAAUAUGGAAUGAUAUGUUCUUUGUAAUUAUUCCUCGAUAACGAUUUAAGAUAAGUUCGCAAUCUUCCUGUUGUACAUAAAUACGCACACGAAUCAAUGAGCAGAUUCUUAUUUUCGGUUUUAAAAAAUACAUGUCAUUUAUAAAUUUUUUUAUAACUACAUCUGCCUUUCUUAUAUAUCUAAUAUUUUUAAUACAUUUUUAAUAAAAAUAAAAAAUAUUUGAUGUUCUUUACGACACAUUGAGUAUUUCUGACAUGACAUAUGUGAUAAUACACAUAACGAUAUCAAAUAAUUAUGAUAUUUGAAAUGAAAUUAAAAAUGUAAUUAUUUCUUUCUUCGUUCAACGAGUUGCUGGUAUAAAAUUUAUUAAUGUAAUUCAGUACUAAUCACGGUAGUUAGUAUGUAUCACGUUAGUGUUCAUAACGAAACAAAUAGAGGAAUUUUGUGCUCAUAAGCACAGAAUGAUAGUGGUAAGGUGAGUCAUUCCCUCUUUGGGCCAGGCUUCGCGAAGCGUAACGCAUCCCAGCUUUGUUUAUGUUUAACUCGUCUCACUUCCGUUACAUAAGCAUUUCUUUAGUACAGUACCUUCGGUUAUGCCGUUAUGCCUCAGAUAGUUCAUAGUAAUGAUGAUUCACUGCAUAAGGAAUUCGUUUGAGAGAUUCCGUUAAAUGUGAUAAUCGUUCAAAGCGAUUGAAAUUGUAUGGCUCGUUUGGUGCAACGAUGUUGUGACUUAAGAAUAUUGAUUUUUGGAAAAGCAAGUGUGAACUUGAAAACAAAUUUUACAAGAAAUUAUUUUUACCAUAAGUAAGUAAAUUUCGUCUUUUAGGUGUUAAUGAAAUCUGAAAACGUUUUGUAUAAGAUACAUAAUAUAUUUAUAAAAAGUUUCUAUAAGCGUUGAAAUACUUUUGCGAGCCGCUGUAUAUCAGAGGAUAAAUUUAAUUAAUUACAUAAAUCCUGCAUCCUUAAUUUUAUUUCAGGUAUGUACCUGCAGCGUAAAGUUGUAUUGUGCGAGUAACCCAAUUAGCGGCGUUCAUUCUGCGCGACCAAGUCGCGUGAAUAAACGCGAGAAGAAAGGAGCGCGUUAUUUGAACAUCGUGAUGUACAUGUAACCAGGAGAACAAUGUGCCGCAAGUGCACAUUGAAAGAGUUUCUUCGUGUCUAUGAGUAGAGAUCUGCAACAGAAGAAGGAGAAGCAACGGGCAGAGAAACGUUUCUAACGUAAUAGCGGCUUUGGAGAACACUCUUUACAUUUUGUAUAAGAGAGCAUUACUGUUCGUUAGUAUUCUCAGUCAAGUUUAGAUCGUUGAAUGUUACAGAAACCUAACUAGAAAACUAUCUCAUUUCGAUUAAAGUAUCUAGUGUAAGAUGUAUGACCGCGUUAUCGAUAAUGUCAUUACGUUUUAUAAUAAUAGUGAAUCCGGUUAUUUGCCGUUCUAACCGAUCGAAUCUUUAUUUGAUUAAUCUUUCGACUAAAGAUAUAAGCAAAUUAUAAUCGUUCGUUAGACCGAUGAUAAAAUGUUUAGACCGGGUUAUAUAUUUUUGCCACUCGUGUUGCAAAUUUUCAAUAUUCUUCAACAAUGUUCACAUACUCUGUGUCUCACAAUUGAUAAUCGUUUAACACCUACCGGGAAUGGUAAUUCGUAUAGUAAAACGUAUUCGUAGAAAAUGUGUUUCCGUUCUAAAUAUCGUAACGAUAAAAAUAGAUCUUUUGAUUUAGAUUGUUUUACAAGGAUA